GUUCUUCGUCCCGGCACAAGGAGCGGGUGCCCCGCAUGGAGCGGGUGCCGGUGCCCGACGCCGACGCUUUCCGCGCCUUCCGGCAGCGCUGCCAGGACGGCGGCUGGCAACGGGACUGCGGCGGCCUCGCCGUCCGCCUGGAGCCGCCGCCGCCGGGCUGCGCCGUGCACCAGCUGAAGUGCCGCAUCGACAUCCCGGACGUGCCGGCGGGGACGGUGUACGACGUGCUGCACGACAGCGAGUAUCGCCGUGAGUGGGACACCAAUGUCAUCGACAGCCACGACAUCGCCCGGGUGGCUGCCAACGCCAACGUGGGCUAUUACGCCUGGCGAUGUCCAAAGCCCUUAAAGAACAGGGACGUGGUGACACUGCGAGCCUGGCAGGUCGAGGACGGGUAUCACACCAUCAUCAACUUCUCGGUCAAGCACCCGAAAUACCCUCCGCGCAAGGACCUGGUCAGGGCAGUCGCGCUCCUCAUGGGGUACCUGGUGCGCUCAACCGGGCCCAGCAGCUGCAGUCUCACCUACCUGGCUCAGGUGGAUCCGAAAGGGUCGUUGCCAAAGUGGGUGGUGAAUAAAGUGUCGCAGUACCUGGUGCCACAGAUGUUAAAGAAACUGCACAAGGCCUGCGUGCAGUACCCUGCCUGGAAGCAGCAGCACGGUGCGAACGUGAAGCCUUGGCUGUACCCCGAGCAGAACACGCUUCCCGUGCUGGCGCUGGCGGAGCUGGCGCUGCAGCACGCUGCCUCGCUGGAGAACAUCGACGAGAGCGGCCUGGCCGAAGCGAAGGAUGAGGGCAGCGACCACGGCGGCACGGAGAAUUGAUGCUGCUCGUGGUGCUGCAGGGAGGGACACCACAGCGUGCUGCUCAGGCUCGUCUAGGGGGUUACAAUAAGAAGGGGGGGGGGGGACAGGGAGCUUUUUACACAGAAAUCCCCGUGUUUGUAGCCUUUUCUCUCAUGAACGGGCUGCACUGAUCUGGUUAUCAGCUGUGCUCGGGGAGGAGUUGUGCCAUCGGUUUCUCAGGCGUAAUCUACUGUGCCUUUAGCAGAACACAGCUUGUUCUGGGGCUGUCAAUGCUGCUCCAAGAGGUCGAGUUGUGUGCUGUACCUCUGCCGGGCUGCUUUACCGGCUGGGGAGUUACUCAUUGACAAGCUGAGGCUGCUCUUUGCCUCUGUCGUGUGAGCGGCUGAAAUACCUGGCGGUGCUGGAGCUGUUCUCCCAGCAGGAGUCAGCAGGCUGCCCUGCUUUGUCCCUCUGGCUCUGGAGGAUGAAACGGACUGCGGUGACGUGUACAACCCAUUCCACUGCUCUGUCAAUUAAAGAUACUUAAGCCAUG